GUGUGUAAUGCUACACUGCCACCGCUAGAUGUCAGUAGAAUCAACAGUUCCGCAUCAGCGCUCAGUCUCGUGAAGACAGUCCUGCUGCUGCUGCAUCCUGUCAGCGCGCGACUCAGACUCAGACCGAUCGCUCAUAUGAGGACAAGCAGCGUUUCUCAAUUAUACACAAACAAACAGCUGUGGAAACUCUAUUACACCCUGACAGGUGUGGCCAACCAGUGAACAAAUUUAAAAGCCCAAAGGCCUCUCUAUGGUUCCUAGUCACUCUCUGAUCAUGGGGAACGGUUCGAUCAAAGCUCCUCGACUAGAGGAGACCUGCCUGUCCUCCGGUAUAAAAGAAGCCCCUGUUUGGGAAUCUGUGGAGCCCCUGAAGAUGAGGAUCGCCCAUCUGGAGGAAGAGUUGGCACGGAGGGACCAGGAGUUCCGUGCACAGGAGAAGCGGUUACAGAGCCUUCAAAGGGAACUGGAGGCAAAGGUUUCCCAGAUCGAUAAGCUCCAGGAUGCCAUCGGGUAUAACAGCCUCGGGCGCUCGCCGCCGGCACCACUGAGGCACAGCCGCAGACUCCUGAGUGUGAUCAACCAGGGCUCCACACGCUUUCACAGAGUGGCUGUGGAGGUGCAUCGACGCCUUAAAGCUAAGGAGGGCGUUUCAGCCGAACCUACAUCGAGGCACUUCUGUCAUGACCACAGGGUCCAUCACAUCUCCACUGAGAGACCUCACAUCCGCAAAGACUCCAGCACUAAGAAACUGAUCAAUGAAGCCAUCAUGAACAAUGACUUUCUGAAGAAGCUGGAGCCUCAGCACACUCGAGAGAUGGUGGACUGCAUGUACGAGAAAAUCUACCCUGCUGAGCAGCUGGUUAUUCAGGAAGGAGAGCCGGGGAACUACCUCUAUGUGCUUGCUGAGGGUUUAUUAGAGGUCAUUCAAAAUGGAAAGCUCCUGGGUCAGAUGCGUCCUGGGACGGCCUUCGGAGAGUUGGCCAUUCUCUAUAACUGUAAAAGAACAGCCACAGUCAAAGCUGUGACUCAGUCCCACAUCUGGGCUCUGGACCGGCAGACGUUCCAGACUAUCAUGAUGAGAUCCACUCAGGCCAGACAUGAGGAAUACUUCAGCUUCCUGCGCAGUGUGUCUUUGUUGAAGGAUCUACCAGAGGAGAAACUUGCCAAAAUAAUUGACUGUCUAGAAGUUGAUUAUUUUGACAAAGGAGAGUACAUUAUUCGUGAGGGCGAGGAAGGAAACACUUUCUUUAUCAUUGCUAAAGGAGAGGUGUCUGUAACACAGACUACAGAGGGCUUUUCAGAACCACAGGAGAUUAAGACUCUUGGAGUGGGUGAUUACUUUGGGGAAAAGGCUCUCAUAAGUGAGGAUGUCCGCUCGGCUAAUAUCAUUGCAAAAGAAAAUGACACACAGUGUUUGGUGGUGGAUAGAGAUAACUUCAAUCAGAUGGUGGGAACCUACGACGAGCUGCAAGCCUAUCUGAGGGAGUAUGUGGAGCAGCUUUCUCUGAGUGAUGAGAUGAGGAAUGCCAUGCCUCAGUCGCCUCUUUACGAACGCUCUCCAGAGGCAGCAGAGUUCAGAAGGCUGAAGGAGAAGGCUGCUGGUUUGUCCAGUUACUCAUUCAUGAAAGAACUUCAAGUGGUGGCCACACUAGGGAUGGGAGGCUUUGGACGAGUGGAGCUGGUCAAGCUUAAAGAUUCAGAAGAUACUGCUUUUGCUUUAAAGUGUAUUAAGAAGAAGCACAUUGUGGACACCAGGCAGCAGGAGCACAUUUAUUCAGAAAAGGACAUCCUCCAACAGACCCGUUCUAACUUUAUUGUCAGGUUGUUCCGGACUUUCCGGGAUGAUAAGUAUGUUUACAUGCUGCUUGAGGUUUGCUUGGGAGGAGAGCUGUGGAGCGUGCUAAGGGACAUGAGUUGCUUUGACGAGCACACUGCCCGUUUCUGUACUGGAUGUGUGCUGGAAGCUUUUGAUUACCUGCACAGCAGAGGCAUCGUGUACCGAGACCUGAAGCCAGAGAAUCUUCUUCUGGACGGGGAAGGCUAUGUCAAAAUGACCGAUUUUGGCUUUGCCAAAAAGAUCGGACUAGGUAAGAAGACUUGGACGUUCUGUGGCACUCCUGAGUAUGUGGCUCCUGAGGUCAUCAUGAAUAAGGGUCAUGACUUUGGAGCUGACUGCUGGUCCAUGGGCAUCCUUAUCUUUGAGCUCCUAAUGGGCAGCCCUCCAUUCACAGGCUCUGAUCCGAUCAGGAUCUACACUAUGGUUCUUCAUGGGAUAGAGAAGGUGGACAUUCCCAAGAGGAUCAGCAAGCGUCCAGAGGAUCUCAUACGGAGACUUUGCAAACUCAAUCCAGCAGAACGGCUUGGGAAUAAAAAGAAUGGGAUCAUUGACAUCAAGAAACACAAGUGGUUUCAAGGCUUCAACUGGGAGGGACUCAGAAGGCAGAAGCUGACGUCUCCUCUGAGGAGAGAGCUAAAAGGACCUCUGGAUCACAGCCAUUUCGACAUGUUUCCCCCUGAGCUUGAGGAGCCUCCAGAUGAAUUCUCUGGCUGGGAUAAAGACUUCUGAAAACACGCUGUUUCUAUGAGCCUGUUCUGCAGAGCAUCGCUGUGCUCUCAUUUAACUAUUUUCAGACCGCUUCACUGACCAGUUUGCCUUUAUAAGUGAGCAAAGGCUCAAAGACGAUCUAAUAUAAAGUGAUGGUGGAGGGUGGACAGUGUCUGGACUGGAGAAGUCUCAGUAUUACCUCGAUGUGCUUUAUGGAGCAUUGUGCAAUCUACUGACUUGUUCAGAUGG